CAGCUUGUUCUUGUGCUUGGUGACCUCCACAUUCCACAUCGGCAGCAUAGUUUGCCUGCAAAGUUUAAAAAGUUAUUGGUAGGUUGGCCAAGUUUAGCCUCAAAUUCUUUUAUGAACUGACUGCAGCUUAGCUUUUCAGUUUUAAUCCCAAAUAACAGCUGCAAAUGCAUCUGUUUACACAGGCUAAACAGAUCUGUUUAAAAUCCUUAAUUAUUAACCCUAUAUGAUGCUGUUCAAAUGAAACUUCUUUGCCAUAAAUAUUGCAUAGUCCUUUUUAUUAUAUAAACUGCAGUGUUUUACAAGGAUUUCUACCACCGAGAAAUGUGGUAUCUGAACACACGUAAAAAUACGAUAUUUUUACAUUAGAAGAUAUCGAUAAUUUCACUGACAUCAGGUUUGUCUCUUAAAUUGUACUUAAAUUCGUUGGUGUAUCAUCGAAACAUCUUCGGGUCUUCCUCGAAAGUGCUCGGCAAUCUUCUGAAAUCUUCGGAAAUUUUCGGAAAUUCUCGGAAAAUGUUCGGGAACGUUCGUCUGGUCUUCGGGACAAUUUGAAAAAUCUUCGGAAAUCUUCGGAAGGUGGUCGGAAAUCUUCGGAAAAUCAUCAAAAACGCCGUCAUCAGUAUGUUUAUAUAAUAAAAAGAAUAUUACACGUUAGCUCGAAGAUAUGAAUUUUAUGUUCUUGUGGCAAGAGCAAUAUCUCACUCGUUCGCUGCGCUCACUCGUGAGAUAUUGUUCUUGCCACUCGAACAUAAAAUUCAUAUCUUCUCGCCACCGUGUAAUAUUCUCUAUUUAUGUCAUUGGAUAUUAAAAUAAAAAAUAUUUAUGUGAACUUUGACUUUGACAAACUAAAAUUGAUGAGUGAAAUGUUUAACAAUAUUUUGCACUGUUACUUUUAGGUAAUGUAUUUAUGCUAAUUCUAUAUUUUACUCGCACUUGAAAAUUACCUUGCAGAGGUCAAAACAUCUUGACUUUUUAGCAUUAACUUUUAUCACAAAAUGUAUACUUUUAGGUUCCAGGUAAAAUACAACACAUUCUCUGUACUGGUAAUCUAUGCACCAAGGAUUCUUAUGAUUACCUGAAGACACUGGCCAGUGAUGUUCAUGUUGUUAGAGGAGAUUUUGAUGAGGCAAGUCUUUGA